GCGUGGUGGUAAAAGAAAGACGGCACAACGGAAGCUGCUUUUUGAACGGACUAGUUAAAGAAACGAAUGGCAUAACAGGAGGCAUAUUCGACGCCCUUACUCAUACCUAACAUAACACUCAGAAAAACACCACAAAACAAAAACGACCAUUCGUUUCAGCUUACACGACGAAAUCAAGAGAGAGGGGAUGCCGGAAGAAACGACGUCGAUCGAUUACGUGAUGGAGGCAGCGUCUGGGCCCCACUUCUCUGGCCUCAGACUCGACGCAUCUCCCACACACGAUUCAACCCUAACCCCCGAUUACCUUCCCAAUCAACCCUUCGUCAUAGGAGUUUCGGGAGGUACUGCUUCGGGGAAGACCACCGUUUGCGACAUGAUCAUUCAGCAGCUUCACGAUCACCGCGUCGUCCUCGUCAAUCAGGACUCGUUCUAUCGCGGGUUGAGACCUGAGGAGUUGGAACACGUUCACGAGUACAAUUUCGACCACCCUGAUGCUUUUGACACUGAGCAACUGUUAGAGUGCAUGAGGACACUCAUCAGCGGCCAGAGCGUUCAAGUCCCUAUUUACGAUUUCAAGAAGCACCAACGCUCUUCCGAUAGCUUUCGCCAAGUCAAUGCCUCUGAUGUGAUUAUAUUGGAGGGAAUUCUUGUAUUCCACGAUCAGGGUGUCCGCGAUCUGAUGAACAUGAAGAUAUUUGUUGACACAGAUGCUGAUGUGAGACUUGCUCGUAGAAUUAGACGUGACACAGUGGAGAGGGGCAGGGAUAUAAACUCUGUACUUGAACAGUAUGCAAAGUUUGUUAAGCCUGCAUUUGAUGAUUUUGUUCUACCAUCAAAAAAGUAUGCUGAUGUGAUAAUUCCUCGUGGAGGUGAUAAUCAUGUUGCCAUUGAUUUGAUUGUGCAACAUAUCCGCACGAAGCUUGGCCAACAUGAUCUAUGUAAAAUAUACCCAAACGUUUAUGUUAUUCAGUCUACAUUCCAGAUAAGGGGGAUGCACACUUUGAUUCGAGACCGAGACAUAUCAAAGCAUGAUUUUGUAUUUUAUUCAGAUCGACUUAUACGACUGGUUGUUGAGCAUGGUCUAGGUCAUCUGCCUUUCACUGAAAAGCAAGUGGUUACUCCAACAGGAUCAGUCUAUACUGGUGUUGAUUUCUGCAAGAAGUUGUGUGGUGUUUCAAUUGUUCGAAGUGGUGAGAGCAUGGAAAAUGCACUUCGUGCAUGUUGUAAGGGAAUUAAAAUUGGAAAAAUUCUGAUUCACCGGGAUGGAGACAAUGGAAAACAGGUAAAUAUAUCAUUUGGAACUGAUGAACUUGACUUAGAGCAGCCCUCAUGUGUAGUUUCUCUACGGAUGUGGUUUGUGUUUAAUGGUAAAACCCUUUGCAUCUCUGGGCAGCUUAUAUACGAGAAGCUCCCCAAGGAUAUUUCAGAACGGCAUGUCUUGCUUCUUGAUCCUGUCCUUGCCACAGGUAACUCUGCUAACCAGGCAAUUGAAUUACUCAUUCAGAAAGGAGUACCCGAAAAUCACAUUAUAUUCCUGAAUCUCAUUUCUGCUCCUGAGGGAAUCCAUUGUGUGUGUAAAAGGUUUCCAUCUUUGAAAAUUGUCACGUCUGAGAUUGAUGUUGCAUUAAAUGAGGAGUUUCGUGUUAUCCCGGGAUUGGGUGAGUUUGGUGAUCGCUAUUUUGGUACCGAUGAUUGAUCCAGCAGAGUGACCUGAGGUACAGACACCUUCUGGGUAGCAACUGUCUUGAUUAAGAAUGUGAAAAGAAGCUCGCUGCAUUGUAAUGAGACAUUAAAGAUUCAGCAAAAGCCAAUUUGGUUGUGAAUUGUGAUGUAAGGCAGGCAUAUUAGAAUAACAUAAAUGCAAACUCACUCUUAGGUUGAUUCUCAGCUUAUUGAAUUUACAGAUAAAUCCUUUCCAAAUGUUAUCAAAUACAAAUUCAGGAGAUAAUUCAACCCAUCUAGUUGAGCAAAGGUUAUGAGGAAAAAAUUUUUCCU